AUGUCGCAGCUCAUCGUGUUGGAGCUGGGCUCACUCGCCUCCGAGGCGCGGCGCAAGCAUCCGGAGAUCAAGCAGGCCGCCGACCUCGCCCUCGCUCAGAUCAAGGCCAACCCGGACGCCGCGCUGCAACGCUCCAGGCUCGACGACGGCCCCGCAGCGGACAACCUCGUCCUCAGGCCCAUCCUCCUCAGCUGCCAGACCAAGCUGCCAAAGCUCAUCUCAAUCGCAAUGGCUCUCCUCCAGCGCCUCGUGCUCCAACGACUCGUGCCCGACGCGUCCAUCGAGGCCAUCGUCGACGCCCUCCACGCCCUCCUCGCCCCCAUCACCCGCUCCGACGUCAACGUACAGCUAAAGAUCCUCCAGAUUGCAUCGGCGCUCCUCUCGUCCUACGCCUUCAUCCACGCAGAGCUGCUGUCGUCGACCUUGCUCCUCUGCUUCAAGCUGCAGGAAGGCUCAAAGGUCGCCGUCGUCAGCUCCACGGCCGCCGCCACGCUCCGCCAGAGCGUCAUGACCGUCUUCGACCGCGUCAAGGAGGAGGAUGCUGUCCUCGACGGGAUAAAAGCAGGCGGCGAGGACGCUGCCGCCGCAGCCCCGCUCGCCUCGAUGAGCGUCGACCUGCCGGGCAGGGAGCCGGUCACCCUGUUCCCAGCCUCGCGCGACGCCUACCUCCUCUUUUCCGACCUCUGCUCGCUAGCCAACGGCGAAGCUGCCGACUUCCUAGGCCUCGCCUCGCUCUCCAAGACCUUCUCGCUCGAGCUGGUCGAGAGCGUCUUGACAAACCAUGCGCGCUUCUUCUCUGCCCGCCAUCACGCUCCCGGCUCCAAUGCCCACCCGGAGCUCCUCUUCAUCCUGCGGUCCAAGACGUGCCCGCUGCUUAUCCGCGCACUCAGCGAUGCACCCAGCUUCCCGGUCCACCUGCGAUCGAUGCGGCUCCUCUUCCUGCUGCUGCGGCAGUUUAGUGCGGAUCUCGUGCUCGAGGUCGAGAUCCUCAUGACGAUGCUGCUGCGCUUCGUCCGGCCCACAUCGCGCGACGAGCACGGCUCCGGCUCCGGCGGCGUCCACACCUGGCAGCGCGUGCUCGCGCUCGAAGUGACGCGCAGCCUCUGCUCGGACGACGUGUUCCUGCGCAACCUCUGGACCUGGUACGACCAGGGCGACCGCAGCGAGCAAGGGCUGACGGGGCCACAGGGCGGCGGCGGGGAGGGGGCCUCUUCGAAGCUGUUUGCACUGCUGCUCGAUACCCUCUACGGCGUCGUGCGCGAGGGGCAGGGCACCUUUGCCCCCGAACCCUCCAUGUCGGUCGCCAGGGGCAGGCAGCAGCAGCAGCCGCCGACUCACGAGGUCGGUCCCGCUCCCAGCAGCCCGCGCAAGUCGCGGAUACGCGAGAGCAUCGAUCGCGGCUAUUCGGGCUUCUACGAGGCCGCUGCUGGCGUGGCGAGCGCCGCCAUGAUCGGCGUCUUCAGCACGUCGGAUGCGGCUGGCACAGAGGUGAUGACGGGCGCCAGCUCUCCGCCAAUCCAGAUCAUUGACCAGCUCGACAAGACGGACCCGCCCGCCGUCGCGUCGGCCGCCCUCCCCAAGACGUACCUGCAGCUCCUGACGCUGCAGUCGUGCCUGUUCCUCUCGCAGUCGAUCGUCGGCUAUGCGCUGCCCAUCUACUCGAAGUUUGUCAACUCGAGACCCGCAGACGCGGCACCCGCCCCGCCGGCCAUCGGGGAGAGCGGCAUCGAGGCACUCGCCUCUGCCGCGGAUCGAGACGGCCUCAGGGCCAGCAAGGGGAUGCUGCAGCUCGCCGCGCCGGUGCUGAGAGACGUCUUUGGCCGCUUCCUCCAGAUCCGAUGCUCGGAGGCCAUCUUCGAAGACAACCUGGUCGCGUUGCGCAAUCUGACCAACGCCGUAGGUGCCCUCGGCCUCGUCGAGCAGCGAGACGCUCUUCUGGGCAGCAUCAUUGUCUUUGCUCUUCAGCUACAGCCAUCCGAAUCGUUCGCGGCGGACCGUCGACAGUCCUCGGACGUCGCAGGCGGCAGCGGUCUCGAUCGGCUUCCGACGGCCAACCUCGCGUGCCUCCGUACGUUGGCCCAGGUGGCCUACUACCUAUCCGGCAGCUUGGAGGCGGGCUGGUAUCCUGUGCUGCGCUGUCUCUGCUUCGCCUACAGCGUGCUCGACGCUAGCCUGGCGCCAGCGGACGGACGCGUCGGCGCGGAAGAUCAGGUCGCUGAAGGGGGAUUCGACGACGUCAGUCACGACACGCUGUCGACGCUGACCCGGACGCCCUUCACCUCGCUCGGCGCCCGCAGCGGCAAGGACCAGCUGCAGCUGCUCUCGCCGGCCGACCUGCGCCCCGCGGCGCUCAAGCGUCAGAUCGAAAAGGUCUUCGAGAACGCUUCCGCCCUCGACGAUGGGGCGCUUCGACACUUUGUCGACGCCCUCUGCCGCCACAGCAACGUCGACGUCGGCCUGCAGCUGCCAGAAGACGCCAGCGGCGGCGCGUCCCGCCUGCCGAGCUCGAUGUCGCGCGCCAGCGUACGCACCACAUCCGGCUCGAUUGACGAAAAGAAGAGUUUCCCGAUCACCGGCAUCAGCCUGGUCGCCACGCUCAACGUCGACAGGCUGACGCGGCGCGACCCCGAGCUCGGUUGGAAGGCCAUCUUCGACCACCUCUACGGCGUCUGCUCCGCGGACCACGUACUCAGCGGCUGGCGGCUGCAGGCGGCCGACGCCGCGAUGAAGUUCCUCUUCUCCGCGAUCGCCGUCGAGGACACCGGCCUCAGCGAGGCGGAGCGACGCCGGAUCCAGUCGCAGAGCCUCGACGUGGUGGCGCGCUUCGCCAUCCUGGACCGCCGCAGGGCCACCGUCGUCGAGACCGAGGUGCGCCGCAAGGGCCUCGACACCCUCUACCGCAUCCUCGAGGCGCGCGGCCACGCCCUGCUCCUGGGCUGGGAGACAAUCUGCGACGUCUGCAGUGCCGCCUGCGAGCGCUCCGGCUCGGCCGCCCCGUCCACGUCCCAGACCGCCAGCACGCUGCAAAAGAGCUGCGUCGUGCUCGUCAAGAUCGCCUUUUCCUGCAUCCAGAUUGUCUGCUCCGACUUCCUCUCGACGCUGACCACCGAGCAGCUGCAGCGGUGCAUCUCGUGCCUGACCGAGUUUGGCAAGCAGCUCGACGACGUCAACGUGGCGCUGACGGCCAAUGGCUGCCUGUGGGCUGUGACCGCCGAACUUUCGUCGAGGGCUGCGGCCGACUCGCCGCCGGUCCAUGGCCCGGAAGAUUCGCCCGCCGUCGAAGGCACGCAUCGCCGCGCUCUCGCGGAUCUCUGGCUCUUUCUGCUCCAGUGCCUCUCCCAGAUCACCCGCGACUCGCGCUCGGAGGUUAGGAACGGCGCCAUCUCGAAUCUCUUCCGCGUGCUCGAGCAGUACGGGGCGGACCUGGAGCCAGCCUUUUGGCAGACGGCGUUCUGGGAGGUCCUGUUCCCCGUCAUCAAGGCGCUCGACGCGACCGCAAUCCAGCUCGAGGAGGACGUCGGCGCUCUGCACUCCGAGACCAACGACCGCCGGGCGCAGGCCAUGGGCGUCGCACAGAGCGAGCCGCGGCAGUGGGACGAGAGCCGUGUGCUUGCUUUCAACAGCCUGGGCGGCGUAGUGCGCGAGUUCCUCGGCACCAAGCUGGUCGAGUGCGACGACUUUGCGCAGAUCUGGUCGAUGCUGCUCCAGCACGUCCGCGCGUCGUUCCUGCGCGGCCCGCCGGCCAUCUCGCAGGCAUCCAUCAAGAUGCUCUCGACGGUGCUCUCGGCCCCGCUCUCAGACACGGCCUCAGCUCAAUCUCGCGACCGGCUCGGCGCGGCCUGGCACUCGGCGUGGCAGUGCUGGGCCGAUAUUGGAGCCUCGCUACACGAGCGCACGGCCACGGCUUCGCGCCAGGACGAGCGGCCGCCCAGGCCGUUCACUCAGGCCAACCUCCUGGCCUUUGUCGAGGCCUUCUGGCCCAUCCAUCGGGAGGUGCGGUCGAGCUUCGAUGCUGCUCAGGCCGAGACUGUUCUCGAUCGCCUCAAGACCUGUGUCGCAUACGUUGACAGCCCAGACUACUCCGGCGACGUCGAUCAGUUGACUCCCGUCCAGGAGGCGGCGCGGAAGGUGACUCGAGCGCUGGACGCCGUGCCUGGGCUGCCUUCGCUGAAGCUCAAUGACCUCGCCGAUAAGCUGUUGCUUGCCUUCACGAUGGCGGGCGGCGCAGAGCAGACCUCGGCCGACGGUGUCAGGAAGCAUCAGCAGCCCGUCACCUUUGUGGCGCUGGCCAAGGCGUGCAUCGCCGAUGCGUCGACAUUCUUCGAUCCCGGCGCCGAGGAAGCCGACCUCGGCAUCUAUACCGACGGUGCAGUCGAGAACAUCCUCUCGUCGCUGACGAUCCCCGUCAAGCUGCGGUACGGCUGCCCACCGGCGAGCCGGUACGCCAAAGACGUACCGCCGCUGUGGCAGUCUGCGUCGGUCGCGCUGUGCCGCGCCGUGCGGAGGUGCUGCGAAAUGCUCGACCGCCACUCGGAAGCCAUCGGACCGGACAAGACGGCGUCGAUCUGGAAGAGCGUCAUCGACGGCCUCGAAGCGGCUCUCUCGGCUGACUGUUCGGCGGCAUCCGAGCUGCCGGCUGAGCAGCAAGAGGCCGAUGAGCGCUUCGACCUCUGCCUGCUGGCCACCAUCGAACGCCACGUGCUGCCCGUGCUGGGCGGCGAGGCGGUGCCAGACGACCUGGUCCGGCGUGUGGGACGUGCGCUGAUCAGCAACUCGCGGCCGUGCGCUGUCCAGGCGCCCGACGUGCGGUCAGGGCCGCCGGCAAAUGGGAGCCACGUCCCGACGAUCCCCUCGCUCGGCCUCAGCGCCGAAGUGCUGGCCGACAAUCCACGAGAGCGCUUCGCCUACUGGUGCUUCGACCUCGCUAUGCUGGCGUGUUCUGACCGGCUCAGUGACGGAAGCGAGGCCGCACGCAAGAGGCUGGCCGUGCUUGUCCUACCCGACGUGCUUCAGCGCUGCGAGGACAUCCUUGCCGAGUACACGCGCGAUGCGGCGCUCAAGGGCAUGUCGCCGAUGCCGAGAGUGCGCGAGGAGGAGCUCCAUUUCGUACUCGCCAGCUAUCUGCGCCUGCAGCUGUACCGGGGCGGCCUCGCAGCCGCGCGCUCCGCUGAGCCGUCGCAGGCGAUCAAGCAGCAAGAUGAACCGACUAUCACCGCCUCGCCCACGGGCCUGCACAUCGCGACGCUCUACUCGCCACGGGCGCACGUCUUCGCUGCAUACCAUCUGCUCUGCGACCUCGCCCACCUGCGGCCGUCGCCGGGCAGCAUGGCGGUGAGCGCGACGGCCGGCAGCAGCCUCCCGCAGCGCGUUUCGACAGAAGGUAUCGAGGCGGACCUCGCAAAGCACGGCGUCGAGCUCGGAUCGGUGGGGAGGUCCCGGGGCAUCUUUGCUGUCAGCGACGACGAGGAGAGGCGGGGCCAGGAGGGCGGCGGCAUGGUGAACGCGUCCGACCUCGCCAGGCGAGCGUUGGACAUUGUGGCGCAGGAGCUGGGUUUGCCGCCUCGUCGUCAAUAA